CGCCUGCAUGUGACGUUUACAGAGCCGUUUAAAAAUCCUGUUUUGAAUACAAUAACUGUCCCAAGUUUGUUAAGUUGCUCUUGUAUAUUUAGAUUUAUCAAGGACAUUGUAAUACGAGAUAUAGGCGUUUGACGGAUCCAAUUGUUACUUAGAAGAUACGAAGAGAUAUGUAGAGAAAGAGUGCUAAUUUUCGGUGAAUUUUUUAAGUUCUCAUUUUGGGGUACAAAUUAUGAAUGAAAAUAUUUGAAAAUCAGUUAAAAUAAACUGCCACGAAUUGUACGUAUCUGAACAUAUAUUGAAUUUCAUUCGACGUUUGUGUCAUAAAAUAAGCUGACUCUGUCAUAAGAACGAGAAAAAUAUGGUGCGGCGAAAAUCUAAUGCGAGAUCAUUCAGCAGUCAACAUGCAGUUCGUGAAAAAUCCAGGGUGAGUGUUUUACCUCAUAGAAAACCAGCUGAUAUUAGACGCAACUUAGUUUUAAGAGAAAUCAAGCAUUUUCAAAAAACUGUGCAUAUGCUUAUACCAAAAGGUCCCUUCAGUCGUGUAGUGCGAGACAUUAUUUCCGAAAUGUCCUCUAGUCCCAAUGAUAUAAGAGUAAGUUCAGUUGCAUUGGAAGCACUGCAGGAGGCAGUCGAAGCGUAUCUAGUACAAUUUUUUGAAGACUGUAUACUAGUAGCGAUGCAUGCCAAGCGUGUGACUCUUCAGGUUCAAGAUGUGAGGCUGCUCCGAAGACUCAGAGGAAGAGGCGAUGUCGCGAAUAAAUGAUACAAUCGCUUAGCAUAAGUGUAACAUACUUACUGUACCUACGAAGGAAAUGUACGCUGGUUAGUAACUGGCGACAAUACUAUUACACUAUAUUUUUUAUACAUAAAUGAUAAAGUUACUGUGCGACGUUUGUACAAAUUGUAUGAAAAUUACUUAUUACGUUAUAUAACUUGAAGUAUUUUUAUAUUGCCGAAGGAUCUUUUCAUAAAUACGAUGCAAAUAUUCCAUCGAGUUUACUUGCACCUUAACCUGUUAUACAUGUGCGGACUUUUAAUAGUAACAAAACAUAAAUUCGAUCAAAUUUUGCUAAAUAAAAUUUAUUUCGUGGGAAACAAUAAAACGUCUGAUAAAA